AUGACGACCGAACCCUCCCGCCUCGCCCAACUCCCCGGCUUCGAUACCGCGCCUGAUGUCUACGAAACCCCCGAUAUAGACGAUUCCACCACCACAGCCAGCACGCAGCAAACGUCCCCCCGCGCUCCCUCGGAACACUCCUACACCAGCGAGGAGGAGAAAGAUGAUGAUGAAGAAGACGGUCCCACGCGCGUCAGUACGCGACGUCUGUACCCUCAAGCUGCGCGAGAUAGGUUUCGAACGCAGAGUCGCGGCGUGGAUGCCAAAGGGGUGGAUUUGAGCGAUCGGGUGGAUGGAAAGAGGAAGGGGUAUAAGCUGAAGAAGGGGGUACAUGGGGAAGAUGAGGAUGAGGGCUUGGAGGCUAGGAUUGCGAGGUUGAGGAGGGAGGUGGAGGAGUGUAGAGCCCUAGCGGAGGCGGAGAAGCAGGGCGAGACGGAGGAUGAGGAUGAGGAGGUUGAAGGGGAGGGCGUGGUGGAGGAUGUGGAUGCUUUGAGUAAACUGCUCGCAGGGGUGGAAGUCCCGACUGUGAGGAAAGGACGAAAACGAAGGGGAUCAAUCUUCCACGACGCGCCUACGACCGCACCUGUACAACACGAAGAAGCAGCAGAUCUUACAGACGAACAAACCCUCACGCGCAUCUCCGCCUUCGACAACCGCCUGUCCGCCCUCGAAACCGCCCUCGGCAUCUCCUCCGUGCUCGAAACAACCGACUCCCUCUUCACCCCUCUCCUCCCCAGCCUAGCACUCCUCGACAACCAACUCUCCGCCCUCACAUCCGCAACCUCCCUCUCCGCCCUCGAAGCCGCCAGCUCCCGCAUAAAUAAACUCAAAUCCGAAGCCCAACAACUCUACCACCUCCAGCUCCAACCCACCCCCUCAUCAGACAACAACGACCCCACCGCCGAGAACAACGACGAAGAAUCCCAAACCCCCGCCCUCCUCUCCCCAGAAGACAUGAAAAAACUCCAACACCUCUACACCCUCCUGCCCAACCUGCAAGCCCUCUCGCCCACCGUCCCUGCACUCAUAACGCGCCUGCGGAGUUUGAGAACGUUGCACACCACCGCGGCGACGGCGAGUCAGGAUCUGGAUUCUCUCGAGCAGAGACAGAAUGAACUGGAUCGGGAGUUGAAGAUGUGGCGGGAAGGGUUGGGGAAAGUCGAGGAGGCGGUGCAGAAAGCUGAUAUGGCGAAUGGGAAGAAUGGGGCGACGGUGGAGGAGUGGGUGAAGGAUUUGGAGAGGCGGAUGAAGGCUUUGGGGAGGUAG